UCAGUGCGGUGGUCGGCAUGGCCGGUGAGUGUGCGGACAGGUUGGGGAAGGGGCAGGGAAGCCGGCGGGUCACCCAGGCGCGGCCGGUGGGGAAUCCCCUUCGUACUGACCUGUCUUCAGACAGCAGAGACGGAGGUGGAAAUCAACGAGAACUUGCCCGCCAGAAAAACAUGAAGAAAUCCCAGGAAAUUAGCAAGGGAAAAAGAAAAGAGGACAGCUUGACUGCCUCUCAGAGAAAACAGAGAGACUCUGAGAUCAUGCAACAAAAGCAGAAAGCAGCUAAUGAGAAGAAGUCUAUGCAGACAAGAGAAAAAUGAUGACUGACAAUUUGGAAAACCUGGGUGCUACUGCCAACUAGGUGUAUUAUAAGCUCUAUGACCAAGAUUUUGUAGAGUGAACAGUCAUUACAUAUGUUACAACAUAUCUUUAUAAAAACUAUUUUACCUUUCGGUCUGACUUAGUGUAAUGUUUCAGAACCAUUCUUCAAAGAAUAAAACACUAACCAUGCAUGUGAAAAAAA